AUGACUGAACAAAAUAGACAGUUAACACAAAGUGUUUCAAAGGAAAUUUUAAUAAAAGAAAUAGUUAAAUAUACACAUAAUAAUACUCGGACUAAUCCAAAUAGUAAUAAAUGUGAUAAUAACAAGGAGUAUUCCGAAAAUCAGGAAGAGUCGGAUAAUAUUAAUUGCAAUAAAAAACGUUGCUUAGACGAGCAGAACUUAGAAAAUAAACGUUUUAAAAGACGUUGUUUAUAUAAAGAGAAUUCAGAACAUUAUUGUGUUAAAAAACGUGAUAAAUAUCAUCAAAAUCCACAACAUUAUCGCGCUAAACAAACGGAGCGAUACAACAGAAAUUUGCCAAUUAAUCGAGCCAAAAAAAUGGAGCGAUACAACAGCAAUUUGCCAAUUAAUCGCGCUAAACAAAUGGAGCGAUACAAUAGCAAUUUGCCAAUUAAUCGCGCUAAACAAAUGGAGCGAUACAACAGCAAUUUGCCAAUUAAUCGCGCUAAACAAAUGGAGCGAUACAACAGCAAUUUGCCAAUUAAUCGCGCUAAACAAAUGGAGCGAUACAACAGCAAUUUGCCAAUUAAUCGCGCUAAACAAAUGGAGCGAUACAACA